AUGGCAGCUGAAGGAGCACCAGCGACACGUUCAGCAUCAGGCGUCGAACGUAGACCAUCUGCUCCUCGUCCACCCUUAAACAAGAGGGGUUCCGGGUCCCUGUUGUCGCAGCCAGCGUCACAGUCGAGGUACCUCUGGAUACGCAUAGCUCUGUUUGAAAAACAGCUGGCGAAGAUCAUAGAGCACUUGGUGAACAACGCGAACAGAUACUAUGAGCGAGACGCGUUGGUCGCUGAUCCCGAUUACGGGGGCAUUCUGAGCUCUUUGCUGGUUGGACCGUGUGCUUUGGAGUAUUCCAAGGCAAAGGCUCCGGCAUGCUUUUGGUCAGACCCGCCGGCAGAUGAAUUGGUACAGAGGCAUCGUAUGUCAGCUGGAACGACUACACCGCCCUCAGUGAGGCGACCAAUCCUAAACUUCAGGCGAAGUUUGAACGCUUCAUCGGAUGACACUGGAUCUUCUAACACAGCAACGGGCAAUGCAACAGGGUCCAGUGCCAAGGACUACGUGGAAAGUUUGCAUCAAAACUCACGAGCCACGUUGUUAUAUGGAAAAAAUAAUGUCCGCGUACAACCGAAAGACGUUGAAGAACCGAUGCCCGGCUAUUUGAGUCUGCAUCAAACAGCAGCUGGUCUUAUUAUAAAAUGGACUCCCAAUCAGCUAAUGAAUGGAUACGCCGAGAGAGAAGGCCUGGAUAAAAGCUUCCGAUGCCAUCUAGUGCAUGCGUCCGCGUGCCAAAACAAGUGUAUUCUGUACAGCAUGACGGAGAUAUGCACUGUAUACAGGAGACGUUGUGCCGGCCCGCUUUGCGUCGACUGCGUAUAUUGGGCGAUGUCUCUACAAGUGUGCGCGUGGGAGGUUGUGUAUGUGCACGUGCACCGGUCACAAGCAAGCGAUGCGCUCAUACUGGUCGGCCAAGAUGGAGUACAACGGCCACCGAUACAGUUUCCUAAAGGAGGACACCUGCUAUCUUUCUUGAGUAACUUUGAAACUGGACUAUUACCCCAUGGUCAGUUGGAUCCACCCCUGUGGUCACAAAGAGGAUCUGGCAAGGUAUUUGGUCGGGGUAAAACUCGACGGCGACCAAUGCCAAGCCUCUGUGAAAGUGGAGAAACGGAGGAAGUCGACUGGGAAGAAGCUGCUGGGGAUUAUGUUUUUCGAAUUGUCAAUAAUGCAAUUGCUGAUAGAGAGGCGAUGCGACAUUCCUUGCUAGAACGCGCGAUACAGUCACCACCGAGGACACCACGACGUCCUCUUGCGUCAACGUCUACGACAUCUUCAGACUCAUCUACGAUGUCUGUUGAUUAUCCUCAUUCUGUCGGUUUUAAUAUUCAGCCACCGCUGAUACCCGCUCAAUUGCCUCCCGUCGAAGUCGAACAAGCUGCAUCAAUCGAACUGGUCUGCAGUACAAUGCGCCGUCAAAUAAUUUCCCGGGCGUUUUACGGUUGGUUAGCGUACUGCAGACACUUGUCGACCGUGCGUACUCAUCUAAGUGGUUUGGUACAUCCCCAUAUUGUACCUAGAGACGGCGCAGAGGCUGGUCUCACCGAAGAAAUAUGGCGGUCCAUGAUGGAUGACGAAGGCGUAGUAACUGAUAAGAACGAAGUUUACCGUCUUGUGUACUACGGCGGCAUACAACACGACAUUCGCCGGGAAGUGUGGCCAUACCUGCUGGGUUAUUACGAGUUCGGUUCAACAGCAGAACAGCGUAGUUCACAAGACUCUGCAUGCCGACGCCAGUAUGAAACAACGAUGUCUGAGUGGUUGUGUGUUGAGGCUAUCGUCAGGCAGCGAGACCGCGAGGCAACGGCUGCAUCCAUUGCACGGCUGACUGAAGCCGCAGGAAAGUCGAAACCGACUGAUGUUGUGGAAUCUGGCGAGGUCUUUGAAGAUGACUGUAGCGUUAUAUCAGACAAUCCACCAAUUGUUUCACCUGAACCGUGUGAAAAAGAACAACUGAAACCAGAAAAUAAGCCAGUGUUAUCCCGAGCACCGAGCAUAGAUGAGGUUGAUAAUAUCGAGUUGGAUUCAGAGGAAAAAGAAACUGAUGAAUCAAAAGUUAACGGAGAGACUGAGACGGGUGAUAGUAAGGAUCAUGUAGAUAUAGACAGUCUUACUGAUAUAGAUGACGACGAAGUGUAUAUUAAAAGUGUUGUAGAAAACCCUGAUAUGAGAAGAGAAAGCAUAGCUGAAAUCAAAAGAUUAGCUGAAGGUAUUGUCCAGAAAGGCGACGGUAGAAAAUUGUUGUGUAGUGUUGACAGCGCCAAUAUGAUAUUAAAUGGUAACGACUUUAAGUCUUCAAUUGAUGAAAAUGAAAAGAACCCUCCACAACAACAUACAAGUGUGAUAAUCACAAACCCUUCUGUAGACUUGGCUGCUUCUGGAUCACCAGCUUCUGGGGGAACAACAGCGAAUGUCAGUCCAUCACGGAGCCCACUAGGCGUUGUCCGCGAAGAAUCUCAAUCAGCAGGAGCAUCUUUUGAUACUCUAGAACCUAGUAUAGAUGCAAGACCAGAAAAUAGAUCAAAUUGCGUGUCACCUGCUAGUUCUAACGGCGGAGUUUAUUCUAACGAGUUAGUUGAGAACUUUGCACUGAAUUUGCACAGGAUAGAGAAAGAUGUGCUGAGAUGCGAUAGAAACUAUCCAUUUUUCACUGACGAGAAUUUGGACAAAUUAAGAAACAUUAUGUGCACAUACGUGUGGGAGCACCUAGAUAUGGGCUACAUGCAGGGCAUGUGUGACCUGGCGGCGCCAUUGUUGGUGAUGAUGCACGAGGAGGCGGUCGCGCAUGCGCUCUUCGCUCGGCUUAUGGAACGUGCAAAGGAUAACUUUCCUUCUGGACAGGCAAUGGACGCGCACUUUGCAGACAUGAGAUCUUUAAUACAAAUAUUGGACUGUGAGCUGUACGAGUUGAUGCACGCGCACGGUGACUACACUCACUUCUACUUCUGCUACCGAUGGUUCUUGCUGGACUUCAAACGAGAACUGCUCUACCAAGACGUAUUUUCGGCGUGGGAGUUGAUAUGGGCAGCAAGGUAUGUCGCUUCGGAACAUAUGGUGCUUUUCAUAGCGCUGGCGCUGCUCGAGACCUAUCGCGACGUCAUACUCGCGAACACAAUGGACUUCACUGACAUCAUCAAAUUCUUCAAUGAAAUGGCGGAACGUCACGACGCUUCCGCCGUGCUGUCUCUCGCGAGGGAUCUCGUUCUACAAGUUCAAACUUUAAUAGAGAAUAAAUAA